AGCUGAACUCUUUGUGCAUUGCAGACGAAAGAAGACUGCUGACUUCCUAAGAGAUGCAGUAGAGACCAGGCUGCGGAUGUACAUCCCCUACAUCGAAACCUGGCCACAGGCCAUGAGCAUCCUGCUCCUUCCUCACAACAUCCCCGACAGCCUGAAGCAUCUCUCCACCAUGGUGGACGACAUCUGGUACUACGCCGGGGACCGAUCAACAGACAUGAACUGGUACACAAAGCGGGCGGUGCUGACUGGUCUCUACAACACGACAGAGCUGGUGAUGCUGCAGGAUUCCUCUCCGGACUUCCAGGACACCUGGACCUUCCUUGAUAACCGCAUUCAGGAUGUAGUCAACAUGGCCACCACAGCAAAGCAGAUGCAGUCAACUGGUGAAGCCGUAGCACAGGGGCUAAUGGGAGCUGCAGUUACGCUGAAGAACCUCACAGGACUGAACCAAAGGCGAUGAUAUGAACACCUGAGGCACACAGUGCCCGACCAGCCGGAUGACCUCAUGGACUGAAGAUGCCGUGUGCUUUUGGAGGCUGGGGCGUUUGCUGUUACUUAUUCAGUUGUAUGGCGCUGAAGGAAUUUAGUUUUAGUCUUUAACAACACAGAAACAUCCCGUUUGUCGAUCCCGUUUGUCGAGGACACCCUGUAUCUUUCUGUUCAUCUGCAGAAUAAGGGGAUAUUCUUUCUUUAAGUUUUUUUUCCCAGUUUUUCAAUGUAUUCAAGAACAGUUUCAAUUUGGUCUGUGAGCCCUAAGCCAAAUAAAGUGGUGUAUAUAC